AUGACUGAUCCAUUGAAAACCCUCGAUGACGCAGGACGUCCUAAACCAGCCGCCAUUUCCCAGACAGUCUAUGCUAUCGCUGGCAUCUCAGUGACCGUUUUUGGAUUGGAAGAGCUUCGUAAAGAGGCCUCGGAAGUCGCGUGUCUAUGGCUUCUGCAUCCAAGAUUAGCCACUCAGGAGCGUAUGACAGGCAUUGCCAACUCCGUUCUCUCAGAUUGGAUCUCCAAAACCAAAGAUACCCCAACAGCCAAGGGUCUGAUUGCUGUUUCCUUCGACCAGCGAAAUCAUGGCACUCGGGAGAUCGAUCCUCUCGCCAAUAAGGCUUGGAGGCAGGGUAACCCCCGACAUGCGCAGGAUAUGUUCUCCAUUUUCCAGGGCACUGCAAAAGAUACAUCUCUGCUAAUGGACUACCUUCCAUCCUACACAUUCCCCCAUGGCGAGCAUCAGAUCACCGAGAACCUAGUUCUGGGAGUCUCGCUGGGCGGGCACGCAACCUGGAGCUGCUUACUACAUGAACCCCGGGUCAGCGCCGGUGUCGUCAUCAUCGGCUGUCCAGACUAUAUCAACCUUAUGGCUGAUCGCGCACGGCUGUCAAAACUGCCAUCAUGGACAAGGACGGACCCGCCCGGUGCCGAGGUCCUUGGCUCAGAGGCUUUGCCGACAUCGUUCCUGGAGACUGUGAACCGAUAUGACCCUGCCGGGAUGAUGUUGAAGCAUGUGGAUUGCGGGCCCUCGACCGGUCCUUUGCGCGAAAAGCCAAUUCCCCAGGCUUCCGAGAGCGAACAGAAGGUGCUCCGGCCGGUCCUGACUCAGGCUUUGGCUGGCAAGCGCAUCAUGUGUCUGUCAGGCGGGGCGGACAAGCUUGUUCCUUAUCAUCGGGGAAAGCUGUUCCUGGACUGGUUCAAGCAGACUAUCUCGUCCGGCGGAUGGUUUGCUGAUGGUGGAGUGUACUUCGAGGACAUCAUUGAUGAGACGGCGGGCCAUGAGGUCACUGCUAAGAUGGUCGAUGAGGCUGUUCGUUUCAUCAGGGAAACUUUGAGUGCGGGUCCAACUCAGAGCGGUCGACGGGGAUCCGUGCGGGAGUCGAAGAUCUGA